GAAGUGAAAAGCAUAUGACACAUUAUAUAUCAAAGUUAGGGACUGAAAUGAACAACUUGGAGUCCUACCCUCCCGUUCUCCGCCACCUGGAUCAGCAGCACCGAGCAAAGGCAGACACGGAUGAGGAGGGUGAUCCGAUCCAAGAUCCGGAUCCGGUUGCAGUGAUAGAUCUAGAGUGUUUAGAGCAUGAGCAGAAGAAGUUGGAGGAAGCAUGCAAGAAUUGGGGGAUAUUUCGUUUGGUCAAUCAUGGGGUUCCGUUGACCCUUUUGAAGGAUCUUCAAGAAGUGGCUAAAGAGCUCUUUUCUAUGUCCUUUGAGUGCAAAGAAGGUGCAUGCAGUGGUACACCUGUCACAUAUUUUUGGGGCACCCCUGCCCUAACUCCAUCUGGGGCAGCACUCACAGGAGGCCCCCAAAAUAUCAAUUGGGUUGAAGGCUUCGAUGUGCCAUUGAGUCAACUCUCACACUUCAACCCUCAAAUUCCCACGCUUCAGUCCAUAAGGCUUCUGCUAAUGGAUUAUGAAAACCAUUUAUCAAGAAUUGCUACAACCUUAUUUGAAGCUAUGGCGAAGAACCUUGAAUUGAAUUUGAAACCCCCAAAGCCAUAUUUAUCAGAAAACACUGGAAUGGUGCGUGUCUACCGCUACCCACAUUGCACUGAUACAAAUGUUGGUUGGGGCAUGGAAGCACAUACAGAUAGUUCAAUCUUGUCUAUAUUGAAUCAAAACGAUGAAGUGAGUGGACUUCAAGUGCUCAAAGAUGAUCAAUGGCUUACUAUAAAACCCAUUUCCGACACAUUCAUUGUCAACCUUGGAGACAUGAUGCAGGCAAUAAGCGACGACAGAUACAAGAGUGUGACACACAGGGUGAAGAUAAACAAACAUAGAGAGAGGAUUUCAAUUUGCUACUUUGUUUUUCCUGGUGAAGAACUUGUGAUUGAAAGCUCAAAGUACAAGCCCUUUACUUACAAUGAGUUCAGAGCACAGGUGCAACAAGAUAUCAAGGCCAUAGGCCAUAAAGUGGGACUUGCAAGGUUUCAGCAGAUUGAGAACUGUUAA